GUGGCCGUCCUGGAACUGUUUCCUGCUGCAAGUUGUUAAGCACGCACUCCCAACCCUUGGAGUAAUUGCACCCCUCCAAAAGACGGCGGGCAAGGCUUAUCAACGCAGAAGGUGGCUAAGAUCGCCUUGCAGAUUCUUCGUCUUUGCCCGGUGAGAUGCUGCAGCCGGCUGACGAGGUCGACGAAGAUGGCAACAAAAAUAUGGUCUCCAACAUGCCGCUCCUGUUUGCGGACGGCUACCCGACAUCACUGGAUAAGAUUAGCGAAGAACAGCUGGAAAAGUUCAUCCCGUUCAUGGUUCAGUGCUCGCUGGCGCAUGGAGAAAACCACGCGCUGGCCGACUAUAGGAAACCAUCCUGGUGGCCAAAGGACGUGGAGUUCACGAAACCGUUCAAAAAACCCAAAUCAUUCACGGGGAUCUGGCUACAGAAGAUGCGCGAAAUCGUAGUGUUUUGUUAUUCGCAUCAUGCCUGCGUUUACCUGCUUCGGUACUGCAAUGAUUUGGCGUCCUAUCAGCACACGUCACUGCGGUUUAUCAACAACUACAACUCGACCACCUCGCUGUACGAGCGUUCCACGAACAAGCUGCUCGUGACAUUCCGGAAUGAGAAUAUGCUCUACGAUCAGGAGCAGAUCACCAGUCGGAAGUGCCUUCUACCGAAGCAAUCGAGCUCACAAUCGUCGCAGGCUUCUCAGGAGGAGAUGGUCAUAUCAGCCACGUUUGAUAUCUACCUUUGCGACAAUUGCGAUGCGGAGCUAUACUCGUACGGUGCAUUGGUGGAACACGAGAAAAGCUGUCUGAGCGAGCAGAUCGAUGAUGAGCCGAGUGACGACGAUGACGUGAUCUUCUGUGGCGAAUUCAUCGACGAAAUAAAUCCACUCGGCCCAACUGCCAGGGAGCGGGCUGAACUGCAAAAGAAGACAGCCUUUCUGUCGCAGAACUUUGCGCUGUGCAGUAAAAAAAUCUGUGAGCCAACUGCCCUGAAGGCUCUCCCGGCAAUGGAUGAAUGUGGUGCAGUUCCUACUGACAAGAGCCCAACGAAACGUUCUCGCAUGGCCAGGCGCACGCGUGGUGUAAUGACACUGGCCAAGUGUGCGCAAAUUCCUUUGUCUUCACCGGUUGGUCAGUAUCUCCUGCGGACGACCAAGACCAUCACAACCACGGCGUAUCUGGCCGAGCGACACGAUCGCCUUGAGCGCUUCUGCCAUGCGCCAGCGCUUCCGCCCGGUAUGGGCCAAUUGAUUCGACAGCGCCGCGGUAGUGCGAUCAAUGAACACGAUGGACCGACGGUGCUCGACCGAAGACUACCGAAGUGGUUGCUGAGCAGGCCACGGGCAAACGGAUCGAUGCCUGGCGGCAGUUAUGUGCCAGUAUCGUUCAAGCGUUCAGCGGACGAUACAACCGAACCAUACCACGUGUACAAGUUCCCGCGGCGCCAGUUUUCGCAGCGGUGCCGUUGGGAAAACUAUUUGUUCUACAACAAACCGCUCCUGGCGCGGUGUCAAACGUGUGCGGUGGAACUAAAAAGACUGAAUGCGGACGAGCUGAAAGUGCUGUCCGAAUGGCCCGGUAUCGAACGGGUAAAGCGCGAAAAGGAGCAAGCGGCACUGGAACGGCAGCGAUGGAAUGUGAUCGUCGAGAAUGCAACAAUCAUCGACAGUAUCGAUCUCUGCUCGUCGGAAGACGAACAGGUCUUGAGUGACAGCGAGGGCUGCGAUGGCACUAUUGAUGGCGGAUUUCACGUGGCCAGUGAGCCCCAGGUAGAUGAAAGCAAUGCUGAGCAAAGUAGAAACGAUCCACACAACGAUGAUGACGAGGACUUUGAAACGAUCGUCAUCGAGGAGGAGGAAGAUGAGGGAACCGUGCCUCUGCCGCCGUCGUCGCUCGCUAGUCACCGGCGGAGUAGUGUACACUCCAUCAUUCAGCUGCAAACGAACUCCGUCGUUCCUGGUACCCUGCUUAGCGGAAGCACGAUACGGCUGAAUCACCACGUGUUCACCGGUCUCAGUAAUGGCGAGCUGCUGGCCGACGGUCGGUUCGGACAUAAAUACACGAACUGCAGCGCAACCGCAAUCACGGUGUCUAACACAACAUCGAGCAUCGCCAAUGGCGAGCUGAAGGAGAACCGUGUCAACGGAUGGCUACAGAAGGGCCUGGCCGUCCAGCCAUCGUCGACCGAAGGAUUCUGCAGUAUAGUGUCGCCUGCUCCUCGAACAAGCAUCGCCGGAUCCACUCAAACACACACCGCUUCGCACAUUCUGCUGACGUCUCCGAUCGCGCCCAACACGGUGCUCGGUACGAUACCGAUGCCGUUCACGUCCCGGCCGGUCAGUUUACAGCCGAACGGAUCGGCCACCGUCGUCCACACGCUCACGUCGGCGGCGAUCGUUAACCAGGCGGUACGCAAGCGAAUGUCGGUCCCACGGGCCAGCGGAUCGACAGCGGGCACGGCCGUUACCGGAACAACAGCCAAUCUCCAGUAGAACUUUCGUCUGUUUCGUCUAAAAUAUCUCCUCCUCGCUAAUGCGCUAAAACAGGUACCUCACAACUCCACAAAGACUCAAACAAAAUUGCCGAGGUUGAACAUGAGUUUCGUGGAGACUGACUGAACGGUGUCCAUGGCUUUUUUUCUGUGAUGUCCAAGGAAUAGAGAGUCGCUUAAAAGGCGAAAUACAACCACGAAGCGUUCACAACAUCACCCGAUGUGUUUAUGUUUUUAUGUUCGGCACUCUAUUUUUGAGCCUCGAUGAGGCAUUUUGUGUUAUAAUUGCCACUUUUUCUACUGUGGAUCUCCUGAAUACCAAUCUCACGUAGACGGGAAGUUGCGCAUUCUUUGGAGCAGAUUAGGACUUUUGUCAUUUGGUUCAUCGUGGCAACUCUCUUCCUUAUGUCACAACGGUUACCUCAUGAUACUCGUUGUGUGGAUUAAACUGUUUUUGUUCGCCUAUGUUGUACGUAUUGUUCUACAACUACAUAUUUGUACUGUUAGUACCAAUAUAUCAUCUUGUACAGAUGACGCCAAACGCACUCAACGCAAGGGAUAUUAAGGCCCAUGUUAUAAAUUGUAAAAUAAUAGAAAACAUUCAACUAGCGAAGUAACUUAUUUAUGUACUAAUUAUUCUUUAAAGACGCACAACGUCAUGGUAUUGUACAUAUCUGAUCGA